GCCCCGUGAGGGCCCCCCCUUGUACAGUUUGCUCCUGGCAGUGGCCAGUGUGGGACCCUUGUUGAAAAGCCAUGGCAGACGGUACCAUGUCAGCGAAGUUCAUGAAGAGUGCCUUUGUAGGAUGGACCUUCACAGCUGGGGUGUACUACCCUCCUGACUUCGAUGCUUCAAAGUUGAUGCCUGUAAAGGCACUGAAGCCCAAAGGGCCGCAGAUGAUGAACAUUCGCAUGAUGUUCCCCUUCACCAUGGUUUGCGACAGCUGCAAGGAGUACAACUACACAGGUACCAAGUUCACGGCCAAAACGGAGCAAAUCAAAGGAGAAAGCUACCUGGGCCUGAAGGUGUACCGCUUCUAUGGUCGUUGUCGCCAUUGCUGGUCAGAGUUUACCUUCAAGACCGAUCCCAAAAACUCCGACUACACCAUGGAGUCUGGUGGCAAGCGUACCUAUGAGGCCUGGAAAGACGCUGAUGCUAUGGAGGCGCAGUUGAAGCAGGAGAAGGAGCAGGAAGCUGCCCAGGAUCAAAUGAAGGCCCUGGAGCAGAAGGCUGUGGACGUCCAGUCGGAGAUGCAACGCUUAGAGGACCUUGAUGCCAUCCGCACCCUGAACAAGAGGCUAGGCAAUCGGGAUCAGAGCAUUCAGUCCGCCUUGGAUUACUUGUUCCAGCAGGACUCUCAACGAAACACGGAGGAGGAAGAGAUGUCGCAGGCUGAACUGAAAGAGUUGAAAGGCUUCAAAGAAGAGAAGGACAAAAAGGAAGAGGCCGAGGCAGCAAAGGCUGAAGCCUCCAGUAGUUCCAGUGCUACGCCUGGUUCAGCCAUCCUUUCUGCAGUGCAGGAGCGUGCUAGUGCUGCAGUGGCGAAAGCGAAGCCAAAAUUCACGGUGAAGGUCAAGCGAAAGGCUGAAGAGGAUCGGGAAGGCCAGCGAGAGCGUGACAGGUGAAAGUGCCGCAAAGAAGCCAUGCAUCGAAGCUGCCACGGACGCCGCCAGUACAGCGGCGGGCACGGACUGUGGGGGUGGCCUUCUGGGGGCCUACGAGAGCGACAGCUCGUGAAAGACGCGC